AAUCCACUCUUCAUUUUUACUUCAAAAGCACCUCAACGAUAAAAUCAAAUAUACACACACCUAUACAUACAAACAAACAUCUCUCUUUCUGAACUUCACCGCCGGCGAAACUUUUUACCGGAAUAUGAAUAUUCCGGCAUCAGAUAACUCUCUCUCAUCACGCAAUGCUACUUUGACUGUUCAUCGCCGGCACAUCUUACACGAAAAAUGCUGAAAGAUUAAACUAAAAUCUCUUUACAAGUUAUUCGUUUCUCUGUUUCUAAGUAAGGUACUAAUUUGAUUUUUUCAUGUAAAAUUUGUUGUAAUCGUGACAAACGGCGUGAUCUGGUGCUGUGGUGAUCGAUAUAGACUCAAUUGAGAGAGUUCGUGUUUGUAGUUUGUUAAUUUCCGAAAGUUUGUUGAGGAAGCUGUUGUAAUCAUGCGGCCGACGAAGAUUUUACCGUUUGAUUCGCAGACGAUUAGAGAAGUGCCGAUCCGCAGUGAUGCGGUCAAGCCUGUGUUGAAAUCGCGGCUUAUGAGGCUUUUUGACCGACAAUUUCGCGUCUCGUCGACGGAGAAGCCGAGUACUGGUGGCGAAGCUCAAUUCAGCAAGGCGGAAGUAGCUAGUGCUGAAUUGUUCGAGCCGAGCUCUGUUUGCUUGACGAAAAUGGUGCAGAAUUUCAUAGAAGAGAGUAAUGAAAAGCAGUUGACGCAGAAAUGCGGACGGAAUCGAUGUAAUUGUUUUAACGGAAUCGGAAAUGAUAGUUCUGACGACGAGUUUGAUGUUUCUUCUGGUUUUGGUGAUGAUUUGAAGCCUAAAGCUUGGUGCGGCGACUUCUCCGAGACGAUUAAGAAUUUGAUUCAAUGCGCAAGCGUUUCGGAAAGGAAUUUGUUAGCAGAUACUUCGAAUAUCGUCGAGAAGAACAAAAUUUGCAAACAAAAGGACGAUCUGAGAAGAAUUCUCACCGAUGAAUUAGUGUUUCACGGUUACAAUGCCUCAAUCUGUAAAUCGCGGUGGGAGAAAUCUGCUCUAUAUCCAGCUGGUGAAUAUGAAUACAUAGACGUGCUUGUGGACGGAGAGGAGAGAAUACUAAUCGACAUAGACUUCAAAUCAGAGUUCGAGAUAGCAAGAUCGACAUCAAAUUACAAAACAAUUCUGCAAUCUCUACCGUACAUCUACGUCGGAAAAGCCGAUCGUCUGAAACAAGUGGUUUCGAUCAUCUCCGAAGCAGCGAAACAGAGCUUAAAGAAGAGAGGAAUGCACAUUCCUCCGUGGCGGAAAGCGGAGUACAUGAGAGCCAAAUGGUUGUCUCCGUACACCAGAACCACAGCAUCCCCCGAGUCAGGAGAGGAAUUAGCGAAAGAAGAGAGUGUAGAGUGCGAUUGCGGAGAGUUGGAGUUAAUUUUUGGGAAGAGUGAUAGUUUUUCGUCGGAGAAAAGUGACGGUGGCGAUGAGAAAACAACGGCCGUGACGUCGCCCUGGCAGCCACCGGCGGUGAAGCCGAAGAGCUGUGACAGAGGAGGCAAGGCAGUUGUUACCGGAUUAGCUUCUCUCUUCAAGGAGAAAGCUUGAAAUUUUGUAUUUUUUAAUAACUUUCUUUUUUUAUGUUUAAAAAUUUUCCACUCUAAUUAAAAAUAAUAUAAAAAAUAUGUACAAGAAACAAAGGAAAGAGCUACUCUAUCAUAUUUACAACUUGUUUUUGACUUUGUA